UCCUCUUCAAUUCACUGGACAUUUUUGUAGUUAGGUAUUUCCCCGUGUUUGAAUUUCUUCCUUUGUUGAUCAUAUCUCAUUGUACGUCAAAUGCGCUUCCUUUAUGCUUCUGAAUUCAGGGUGGAAUAACUUUACUUGCAGUAACUUUUCUUAUAUUCUGCUUCUCAAUUUUAUGGGGUAUAUAUGUUUUGAAGAAAUUUUUUUAUCCUGGCUCAUUUGUGUUUUGUAUCAGUGUUUGCAUCAGUUUUAAAGUAAAUGGAGGUUUUAAUCUUUGAUAUGUAUCACAAUCAUUCACAGUCUCGUUAGAAGAAUAUCUUUUGUGUUGCUCGCUGACUCAAUGUUGACUUCUGUUCCCUUUCCACCUAAUCCUUUCAAGUUACGUCUGAGAGUUAAGUUUUGACGGAGAAAGAAGGAAGAGUAUAAGUGCUGGAACAAUGUCCGAGAAAAUCACAGCUGAAAAUCUUUUGAACACCCUUGUGGAAACAAUUGCUGAGAAGCAAAAAUCUGUAUCAUUCUUUGAAGAAGAGAAGUCAAGCUCAGUGAGCUCCCAACUCAAUAAAUUGUUUGGACGCCAGAAACCUGUGCACCAUAUUUUAGGGGGUGGAAAAUCUGCUGAUGUCUUGUUAUGGAGGAACAAGAAGAUCUCGGCUAGCGUUUUAACGGCUACAACAGCUAUAUGGGUGCUUUUUGAAUGGCUUAAUUAUAAUUUCCUAACCCUUUUAUUCUUUGUUCUGGCUCUUGGCAUGCUAGCACAGUUUCUUUGGACAAAUGCUUCCGGCUUGUUUAGCAGGAAGCCAUCUAAAGUUCCCCGUUUCUUUCUCCCAGAUGAUAUCUUUGUGAAUAUUGCAACUGCAGUUGGUGCUGAGGUUAACCGUGGUUUGAGGUUUCUUCAAAAUGUUGCUUGUGGAGGAAACCUAAAACAAUUCCUUCUUGUUGUAGCAAGUUUAUGGGCUGGUGCUGUGAUUGGAAGCUGGUGCAAUUUUCUGACUGUUAUGUAUAUUGGUUUUGUUGGUGCACAUACACUCCCAGUUCUCUAUGAAAAGUAUGAGGAUAAAGUUGACAACUUUGUGUACAAGGUCCUUGAUCAGAUGCAAAAUCACUAUCAGAAGCUGGAUGCUGGUUUGCUUAGCAAAAUCCCCAAGGGAAAGCUCAAGGGGAAGAAGUAUGAAUAGAUUCAUCCUUAUGUAAAUGGUUUGAUUCUGAACUUCCAUUACUUAUGGAACUGGGAAAGGCUGAUGAAGGAUGUAACUAGUGAACAAAAGAUUUCUGGCCCAUGCUGUUGAUUGGGACUCAAU